AUGGCGACCUGCAGCCAUCUGCUCCUCGCGCUCGUCGUCGUAGUUGCCGCGGCCGUUGAUUGCACGGCGGCGUUCGAUCAGGAUCACACGCCGUUCAAGCCAAUCCCGGACCUCUCCGUCCCGCGCAUCCAGGAGCUCGGCCGAUGGGCCGUGCAGCAGCACAAUGAUCAGACGGGCGAUCGCCUGACGUUCACCAGAGUGAACGGCGGGCAGUUCCAGAUUGUGGCGCCGGCGCUCAACUACCUGCUUGACAUUGAUGCGACGAACGUCGACGGCACGGCCAGCACGCACACCGCCCUCAUCUUCGUGCAGUACUGGACCAACACGCAACGGCUCGACUCUUUCAACUGAUCCAUCCAGUGACAUAUGUACCGAUCGCGCGAGGGAG